AUGUACUCCAUAGAUGCAGCUCGGAAUCGAGAUGAGCGUGAAUAUGCCACUGAAUCUAAGAGUGAAGAGCAUCUUAAAGCGAUGGCAAGAAAACAGCUAGACAUCAACUGUAGGCUGAAAGAAGCGAAGAAAGGAAGAGAAUUUACUGCGUGGGCGUGGCAAUCCGUAUCUGAUAUGGAGGGAGAAAUGACUUUGAAGGAGUAUGAACGAGCCGAAGCCGAGGAGAAGCGUUUAGAUGAGUUAAGACAAUGUGGAUUGAAUAUACGAGAAAUAGAGUUGAUAUCAAUGCACAAGAGGGGCGUAAUGCCUGCCACUCUUCAUCCACAUGCUGCACAUUGUCAUCUGGAAGAGAUACAAAGAAAGAUAUGUUCAAGAGAGAGAAGAGUUGAGGCUGUGAGAGAUUAUGGGAGUGGAGUGUGUUUAGUAGGCAGACGAACGAUGGAAGCAGAAAAUGUUGACUUUCGUUGUCCCAAGGAUCUGAAGCAUUUGGUGCAGUUGAAAGAUAGAGACAUUGAUAGUGUUGUUGAUAAAGCAGUAGAACAGACACUAAAGGAAGAAAGGGAGAGAGAAGGGAAAAGGAAAGCAUAUAGCAGUAAGGACUACUGGAGGGAGGAAAGAAGGGAAGAAGAUGGAACAGAAAAAGUGAUAAAGAAAGACGAGGAGGAAGCAUUCGGCAAGAAGGAAGAAGGUGAAUUGGCUGCAAAGUUAAGGAGAAUAGGUGAUGAUGAUGAUGAUGAUGAUGAUGAUGAUGAUGUCUGUGGUCCUGUGCAAAUGAUACAUUGUGUGAGUGAAGAAGAGAUCUUGAGUAAUAAAAUGAGUGUGGACGAAAUUAGGAAAAUACCAAGAUUUUCAGCUUACAAUCAUGGGAAUAGGAGUCAUGUUCUCUAUAUCAAGAAUCUCCAUCGGCAUGUCACAGAGUCUGAUCUUCUCUCUCUCUUUCUUCGAUAUCAGAAUGAAAACAGUUCCAAACUGGAGUUCCGUCUCUUGACUGGACGAUUGAAAGGACAGGCAUUUGUGACGUUUCCGAGCAUAGCCUGUGCUGAACAAGCUCUUCAACUGCUUAAUGGCUACAUGUUAAAAGGAAAACCGAUGAUCAUUCAGUAUGGACAUUGUUCAAAAUGAGACUCCUAAUUUAGGUAUAUUGAUUUAUAUUUCUGUUUUGUUAAUAACUAGUACUGCAUAGGUUGGUAAUUUAUAAAUAACUGUACUAGUGCAGUUUCAGUUGGAUUCACUAAACUUAAUUUUCUAAUAAUUUUUGCGCAAGUCUGGAAUACGAGGAGAU